GCAAUUCCGCCUCCACCCUCGUUCGGGAAGCGGAUGAAGCAGAGCAGGAACUUGGUUGCCGCGGCCUGACGAUCCUCGCGUGCAAAAAAUGGCGUACGAGAUGAGAGAAUUGCCGCGUACCCCGUCGGGAGGUGCGUGAGAAGACGACGUUCAGAAGCCAUGUUACCUCUUGCCGACUGGCUACUGUUCUUCUUCCUGUGGAGGCAGCUGUUUUCCGCGGCUGUCGAAGGAUUUUCUCUCUCCUUACCUGCACCGCAGAAUUUGACAAUUAGGUCAUACAAUUUUCAGAAUGUGCUGAGCUGGUCUCCAGUUAAGGGAAUCAGUGGUCCAGUGUUUUACAGUGUUCAGCGUUGCUUACAAUCAGACCAAAGAUGGGAAAAAGUGAACUGCACAGAUAUCACAGAGCCUGAAUGUGAUUUUGAUCAUAUCAAGGAUUUUUACAGAAUUAUUUUACGUGUUAGAGCUGAACAAGGCAAAUUAAAAUCUGAAUGGACUGAAGCACCUGUUUUUAUUGCUAAAAGACACACCAUUUUAGGACCUCCAAGAGCAAUAAAUGUAACAUCAGAAGCUAAUUCAAUUCUUCUAAGUUUCUUGCCUCCCUUUGACCAAAGAAGUAAUUUCUCUUCAUUUGAAUAUACAAUCUAUUGGGAGAAUUCAACAGAUAAAUCACUAGUCAUCAUGAAUACUAUACACAGAUUGAAGAAUCUAAAAGAAAGAACCAUGUAUUGCUUUAGGAUACAAGCAACACUGAGUGAACUCAAAGGAGAAAAAAGUGGUAUUUAUUGUGCAAAGACUACAAUCACUGAGGGAACGCGAAUACUCUUUGGCACAUUAAUACUUGGAUUUGUGGUUCUUGUACUUGUUUUAAUAUUUGUGCUGUUGAUAACAAUUCGGAAGUAUUCCAGUAUAAUUAAAUCCUUUUGGCAACCUCCUCUAACAAUACCAUCACACUAUGAAGAGGACCUAAAUGACCCUCAAAUGAUUACAAUUGAAGAAUUUCAGAACUGUGCAGGAGAAGACCAUGUGGACAUUAUUUCAAUUAUCUCCAGAGCAGAAGAAGAUAAAAUUCUGACAAGUUUUGCUAGUGAACACAGUUGAUAGAUAAUAUGAUGAAAGGUAUUUUAUGUCACUUGCAUCUUAUUCAUUACAAACAAGUUGUUAUAGCAGCUUGUUUAAGACCAGCCAAUUUCUAAGGAAGUUCCACUCAUCUGUCUGUGCAGCACUGCAAAUUGACUGAUUUUAACAGUACAAUCACAUGUUUACUCAUUUGGAAGAAAGUCCCAUUAUUUCAAUAGGGUUUAAUCUGAAUCAAUGCAUUCAGAAUUUCAGUGUAAAUAUGUUAGGAGAAUGCAAAUCCUAUUGUCUCACAGAGAUAUAUUUUUCUACUGAUUAAAGUUUUGCUUCUCCCUGAGCAAUAUUGUCCUAUUCUAGAACAAGGAUAGUUUACAUCAGGAUUACCUCAUGGAAGCUCUGCCAUAAACUAAACCAAGAUGAUGACAAGUUGGCUUUGACAUUUGGCUAAUGAAAUCAUUUGAAAGUUCAGUGCUGUUAAAUACAUCAGAGGCACAUAACAGCAUGUUUGAUUUGGUUUUAAUUUACAGGCUUGAUGUUUGCAUUAUUAAAUCUUAUUGAUUUGGAGCAAUCUUGACAAUGUAAAAUUAAAUCCUGUUGACUGCAGCUGGUGGAUGGAGAUUAGAAAGAUAUUACUGUGUUUUGAAUAAGUUUGUGCUCUUGAACAGGAUGGAACCAGGUCCUUCCUGCUUCACUUUUCUGCAUGAUGGACAGAAGCUCCUAUGAAUUAUGUCUGGUGGAUCAGCUGCAGCCUGUUUACUAAUUGGGAUCUUGCUUCCAACAUUGAUGAAGCAGCAAGUUUAAAUUAUUGUAAUUUACUGUGACUUGAGCUGCGUGAAUAUUUCAGUUGCUGUAGAUCCCAUCAACUUUUAACAGACUAGGCUGUGGUGCAGUUUUGUUUUUUUAAUUUUAAUUCAGUGGAACUGGCUGCUAGCAGCACUUGAAUAUGCUCUUAGCCUCCAGGGGUAUAUUACCCAUACUCUUCUUGCUAGGAAGCCUUUUUAAACAGUGUAUAUAGAAUUCCAGACAAUUGUUUAAGCGCUGAGAUUACACAGAAUUGCAGCAGAGUGAAUUCCUCUGUUUCUUUUCCAGAGAUCACUACAGACUGUCCUUUCUUCUGCUUUCCUUCCUUUUUAUUAUGGCAAGAUCUGAGGUGUUGAACAGAACUUUGCUAUGGCACCCACUGUGAAAUUUAAAUGAUCCUUCAUUUUGUAGUUUUCAUGACAGUUGCAUGUGCUUUCAGAAGAAAUGCUCAGUUCUUGGGCAUUUUUAUACUGUUUUUAUACUGAAUUUGUGAUUAUACAUACACACAUACAUACAUACAUACAUUUUAUAAGAUCAGUUUCUAUCAGUGAAGCAACUUGCAUUGUAUAAACACUAGAAUAUAGGGAAGAAGGUACUGACUAUAUGCUAUUUGGUUGUAGUGAGAAUCCAAUUUUAAUUUGGGGAGCUGGCCUAAGAUUAAUAGUACUUUUUGCAAGAUGUAAAAAUUAUGUUCUUGUUUUUCUCCUGGUAAUGUAUGUAUAUCUUUACUGAAUAAACCAUAAAAUCAGA